CACUGUCUCGUUGCGGAGUGCAUGUGCCGGGCACGCGAAUAACGGAUCGCGCGGGUAGAAGCGUGCAAAGAGAACCGGAAAUCGUCGCCGGGGCAGGAUAACGCGGAGGGCUUGUGCAGUUCGUUUCCCGAAACUCUUGCUCAUUAAAUGCAUUAAGGCAGAAGAUAUGAGACUCUACGCUGUUGCUCUUAUAGCAUGGGCGGCAUUUAUAACUGCAUCUUCGGAACAUAACAUCAGUUUGAAUGAUGAAAAGGCUGCCGAUCACACGGAGUCUCAUGGUGUGCCGACGAAGCAGAUAGUGCAGCCAUACGUGACGGAUGAAGAAGCGAAGAGUUCUGGGCAGACGGGCACCGAGGAUCAGUCUGACGAUUUCGCGAAUGCCGGAUUAAGUAGAUCAGCAGUUCACGACGACGAGGAGAGAGGAUCGAAUGAUGGCGUUUCCACGACCGAUUCCUCGUCGCCAGGAUCGAUUUAUGCGACGCCGCUCUCCGAGACAAGUAUCCGUUUAGAGACAACCGACGAGUAUCCAUUUAGAGAGUAUCCAAGUCACGCGCCAGGGGACACCGAGGAUGUGCUCCUUGUCGAAAAUGCCGGCAGUUUUGGACAAAAGGUCCGGCAGGAUCGUCCGCGUGACAGAACAAUUGUCAGGACUCGAACAGUCGUUCGAACGAGCGAGGGCGUCGUCCGAGAGGACGACGAGUACACGAGUUUUCAGAACACCGUGCCUUUCAGCAGCACUGUGUCAUCUCGCGAAAAUGGAGAUAACGACGGAAGGCCUUACACGUCAGCUACUCGGGAACCAUAUGUGUUCGCGCUGAAGAAGGAAAGUAAUUUAGCGGACGACGAUUCGUCUUCUGACGAUUCUAAAACGAUCAAGUCCGAAGCUGCAGCCGCGGAGAAUUCCGAUGAGAUUUUCAGUGAAAUCACAACGGAAAACCCGCCGCCGGGCAACAUUGCCUCGAUCCUCGAGAACGAUGUCGUGCCCGAAAUUCUACCGACGCCACAAGCGAGAUUAACCCGAGCGCAUAAUGAUACCGCGAGCGGAAGGAUCACGGAGAAAUCUGCGGAGUCUGCGAAAAAAACGGAGAGCGUUGUGAGAACGUCGACGACCGUGGAGAUCAGUCCUUCGUUUCAAGCGAGAUUUUCAGGCCCCAUCAUAGUGGCCGACUUGCCCGAUAGAGAAACUCGGGAGAUGGCCGUUGAUUACAUGGACGAUGCGUACGAGGCGUACAAAGCAAUCGGGAACGCCGAGAUUACCUCGGAGAUCAACGCCGAAGGCACCAAAGCCGCGGCUUCCGCAAUAACAUCCUCGGUCAUGUUGAAUCCUCUGCAAGUCGGGAUCACGCUGGUGAACGCCGACCAAGCCAGGUUGACGGACGACAGGGAGCGAUCUGCCGGGAUGGACACCGAGGAUUAUCCCCAGGACGAUCUUCAGCGUCUAGCAACUGUCGACAAGGAUUUCGUCAAGAACAAUGACAAUCAAUCGCAUAGCGAUUAUCAGAAUGACGGCUUUGAACGCGACGACGCGGUCGAGAAGCGCGCCGAGGUCGACAUACAGAAAGUUCCCGACGGCUCCGUCGAGAUUCAAAAGUCCGUCGAGCUGUACCACACCGCGCCGGUGCACGAGAUUCAUUAUCCCCCGGAAUACAUUCAACAGACUUCAAACCUCGGCGUCAUCGAGACGAACAAUAUUGGAAAUUGGCAGAGAUCGAAGCAGCCGUAUGAUCAGGUCGAGCAAUCAGAAUUACGACCGACUUACGAUAUCUAUCAAGGUAACGACCAGGACGAAAAGAGCGUCAUUAAGGCGCACGCAUCCGCGCUCCCGCAGAAGCUCAACCAGCACGAAUACAAUGCCCUCGAGGACGACGUUGGCAGACCGGUGGCCUCGGUCGUGGCCGCCGAGUUCUCAACGAUCGCUCACGGGCAGACGCCUCUCAAGCUGCAGCAGUUCAAGUACAACGGCAUGCAGCCCGUUCUGCUGGCACCGAGUCAAUUUGAUGACACGUUAUACGAUCAGUCCAGCGUACGACAUAUAUUUAACGGCAACGAUAACGGCACGCCGCCGCGCGCAAAACCUAUCGGAAGUUCCACGAGACAAGAAACGGCGAGCGAGCCCGCAAAACCGUACGUGCCGAGCGCGUAUUCGGGGCAGCAGCCGCAAUCGUCGAGUCAACCGCACGAUCAUCAGCACCCAUUCCGCUCGCCGGAGGUAAGACGGCCGGAAGUUUCGCAGCUCCUUCUUAGGAUAAUCCCCGAGGGAUCGUCUCCGAAGGGCGGCUUCCUGGUGCCGAUCCCGCGGCCCUAUUCUCCGAUCGAGAAGAUCGUCGAGAAGACGGUGCACAUGCCGCACGCGAUCGAGAAGAAGGUACCGGUGCCGCAUGUCGUGCACAUGCAAGUGCCGGUCGAGAAGCAGAUCCGCCUGCCGUCGCACAUCUAUCCGCUCCACAUCGAACGGGUGAUCGAGAAAAGGGUGCCAUAUACGGUCCAGCGAUUAGUAGUGCAGCCUCCUUCGUAUCCGCUGCACGUGAGGCUACCUGCGGCUUACCCGGCAUACCCGGCGGCACCGACGAUCGAGCAGCCGGCGGCGCACGCAACGGUGCCGAUCGAGAAGGCCACGGAGAAGCCAGCAGCAGCGGUCUCCUCGCGGCCAUCGCGGCCGUACCGUGCGAACACGGACAGGCCGCUCGAGAGCGGCGGCGGCGGCGGCUCGACCGAGACCAGAUUCACCAAGUAUUAUCAAAAGCCGCUGGAAUCGAUCUUCGCUGGGGGAAACGCGAAUUUCCACGGCACUGCCAGCGGCUUGACGUUCGCGCCGCAGAGCGAGGCAAAUGUGUCGCAGUUCUACAGCGUUCCCUACAGCAGACCGUCGGCGUACGACUACAAUGUCGACGUCGGCAAGACGACCUUCAUCCCCGCGGCGCACUUCUCCAACGUCAAGCUGGUGAUACUGCCCAAGAAGUUCGGCAGUCACAUGAUACUGCGGCCGCACACGGCCACGCCGUCGUACGCGAUACCGUCCUUCGGACGGCAGAUCCUGUACAAUCUAGUGGAGAAGGACAAGUCGGCCAAGGAUGAGUACGUGGGGCCUACGCCGCCGCGCAAAACCUCGCAAGGCAAGGUGUUCCCUCAAACGAAGUCGCCGCAGUUCUCCACGAGUUCUCAAUCGUUAGCCAAUCUGAGGAAAUCCAGGCAGCCGGAAGCGCAACAUCGCGGAAAUUUCAGGCAAUCGAAAAUGGAGUACGGCUUCAAGCCGCCUAUGGUACCGUCCAUUCAGUAUGACGAAAAUACCGCCAGUAAAGUAGAGAAUUAAUGUCAUGGCUUAUGAUAGUAAUAGUAAAGAUUAAACGAGCGUUUGAAGUGCGCCAUCAAAAGUGUCUAAGGGACUUUCAAAGGUUUCUCGAGUAUAUUUUAGAUGUUUCUUGCACUCUUGCGUUAUUUGAAUAUUUCAGAACGAUUCAUGGAUAUACGGUUGAUCUAUUGAAAAAUAGAUAUUAAUGAAUAGGAGAGAGAGCUUAUAAUUUUUCCUUCAUAUCCACAAUGAAGAUUAAUUUGUGACACAUUUUAAUUUUUUAUAUACUUAAUAUAAAUAUAUAUAUUUAUUAUU